AGUCCUACCCACAUCAUAGUCAUUAAUCAAAGCAUAAUUUGUUCACAGAGGAGAAGAGAGGAAAGCGUAAAGGGAGGAAGAUUUGACCAUGGACGAUUCUUCGAAAUUUGACCAAAUCGAGCAGUUUGAACAUAUGAACAUAUGCUACUAAUGCAAAUUUGGGCAAUUCGAUAUCCGGAAGAGAAGUUUGCAGAACUUCCAACUGUCUUACAACAAAUUGACGGGUCUGGCAACAUUCGGGUCAUGGAGAUGUUUUAGAGAGAUAAUGUACUCCUUUGAGAUCCUUGUGCCCAAGAUUCAAUGGAAUCGGAGAAAGCUCUUGCGGCGAAGAAAUUUUCUGAUGAUCGUUUGAACGGGAAGUUAAAGGUGCGAACGGAGCUGGAGACCGAACCAGAUAGUAUUGGAUCGCAGGAAGAGAGCGAGUCUGGUCAUCAUCAAGUGGCUAUAUGGAUCUCUUGCUUUUCUCAAGGCCUAUCUUGCCUUCACCGCCUCCCAAUGGCAAGACGAUUCCCCAUGAAGCUUGAUAUCUGUGUCCGUAAAAGAAAUCAAAACGGUGUAGUUUUGAGCUUGUCCUUUUUGGUAAUUUUGUCUUUUAGGUUUAUUUUAUUAUUUUUGUUGUGCAGAGUGGAGGACAUUUUGAUCUUUUUGCCUAUCCAUAAUCACUUACUUGAUAAAUGGUGAAAUUUGAACAGGACGAAUGUUAAACUGUUUUGCACAUUUUUUACACUAAGAAGGGGUUUUUUUUUUUUUGGCACUUGACCCCUUGUAAAUAGUUCAUACAUAUUUAUAUAUCACUAGAAUCACCAGAAUUUUCAGAGGAAAUAAUAAUAAUAAUAAUAAAGAAAAAACAGCUAGCAGAAACCGAACAAGAGGAGUUGAGAAAGCUUAGAUAUAUCACCAGAAACUCCGCCAACUUUGAAGCAUCUAUGCAGGCGAUAAUAUUUGGGUGAUGCAAAGAACCAGAGCUCUCUGCAACAAACUCUUGUCAGCCAACAGUUCAACUAACGCUCCAAAACCAAAAGACCACCUGGUUUCUUACUACUUCUCUCUCCUACACUCUUCCCUAAACCCUUCACAUCUCCGUCACCUCCACGCUCGCCUUCUUCGUAUCUCUCUCUACGACAAUGUAAUUCUCAGUUCUAAGCUUGUUCUGAUGUAUUCCCAACACAGCAAACUCACUCCAGACUCUCUGUCUGUCUUCUCUCACAUGCCCCAAAAGAACAUUUACUCAUGGAACAUAAUCAUUGGAGAGUUCUCACGAUCUCAUUCCCCUGAAAAAGCAAUUGAUUUGUUCCGCCAAAUGCAAAAAAGCUCCCAUUGUCAUCCCGAUGCCUUCACGCUUCCUCUUGUUCUGAGGGCGUGUGCCGAUUCAGGGGCGAUAAAGUGUGGCGUUUCGGUUCAUGGGUCCUGUGUGAAGAUGGGUGUGGAAAGGAAUUUGUUUGUUGCUUCUGCUCUGGUCUUCGUGUAUGUAACUUUUGGGAAGGUUUUUGAUGCCCGAAUGGUGUUUGAUGGAAUGCCUCAGAGGGAUGCAGUGUUGUGGACUGCAAUGUUGGCUGGGUAUGCUCAGCAUGAGGAACCUAUGCUGGGAUUAUCUGUUUUUCGAGAGAUGGUUGUUACCGGGGUUGAGCUUGAUGGGGUGGUUAUGGUGAGCUUGCUUUUGUUAUGUGGGCAGUCAGGGUGGUUGAAGCAUGGAAAGAGUGUUCAUGGGUGGUGCUUCAGAAGGUGUUUAUGGUUAGGGUUGAGUUUGGGAAAUGCUCUCGUCGACAUGUAUGUAAAAUGUGCUGCUUUGGGUUAUGCACAUAAAGUCUUUGAUAGAAUGCCUGACAAAGAUGUCAUUUCGUGGAGUACUUUGAUCUCAGGAUACGGAUUGGGUGGCCGUGUCAACGUUGCUUUCGGGCUUUUUGAUGAGAUGCAUAAGCAGGGAGUAAAACCGAAUGAUGUAACGUUUCUGGGUGUCUUGUCUGCCUGUGUUCAUGGUGGAACGGUGGAAAAGGCGCGUUCUUGCUUCAAAAUGAUGAGGGAUUAUGGUGUGAUCGCGGAGUUGAAACAUUAUGCUUGUAUGGUCGAUUGUUUGGGGCGAGCAGGGCUUCUCGAAGAGGCAGAAAGGUUUAUUGAAGAAAUGCCUGUGGAACCUGAUGGGGCUGUACUGGGUGCUCUAUUAGGGGGAUGCCGGGUUCAUGGUAAUGUUGAGGUGGGAGAACGGAUUGCAAAGAGACUAAUUGUGUUGGAACCAGAGAGGGCGGGGUAUUAUGUACUUUUAGCCAACAUGUAUGCAGAUGCAGGUAGGUUUGAUGAUGCAGAGAGAGUGAGGGAUUUCAUGAAACAAAGGAAUGUGGCUAAAGUAACUGGAUGUAGUUUGAUAGAGUCCAAGAACUGUCCAUCAGCUUUGGCGUCAUCAGAAUAAGGUAAAUUUGGUUAUGAAAUUUGAUUGAAAUGGGGGAGGCAUAUUCACGGUUGCUCCAUCACUUUGUUGGGAAAUGAAAUUAAGGAGAAAAUUCAAUUCCAUUAGACGAGGUGUGUAAGAUUUUGAUUGAUUAUUGAAUUUUUGCAUAACGAAAGACGAAUGUGAGCUGUUACACAUUGUGCUGAGAUAUUGAAAAGCUGCAUACCAAAAUUUAUAAGACGAAUUGUUGGAGAACAAUUGAAAUUGAUCUAGAGGGUGUAAUUUUAGUUUACAAAAACGACCGAUUAGAAAAAAAGAAGGAUCAUUGUCGUUUUAAAUACUUCUUUGGUAUGUGAAUUAUCAAAGGGAUAAUUGUUUUUUUGUUGCGUA